CGUGGCAUGAUAGUAAGAUGCUCAUUUCAUUCAGUCCGUGGCCAGUUGUUGGCGAAAGUCGAAGUGUUUUUGUUUCUAAAAGUUGUAUUGUAUAAAAUCAAAAAAGUGCCAAGUAGAAAUUAAAAGUGCCGUUACAACACAGAAGUGAUUACAUGCAUACAUUUCACCUUAAGCGUUUGUGAUUUUCCAACUACACAAAUACAUACAUAUUAAUUAAAACAGAGUAACAAUGCAGCAUUUAAGCCGCGUAUCUACGCUCCAACUUGUCGCACUCACACAUACAACCAUAAAAUCAUGGCAAGUGCCACGUGUACUCAUGCAAACACGUUGCUUAGCGACCGUGCCAGUGGGUGAGGUGUUAUUUCCCUCGAAAUCUGACUUUCCCAGCCGUCAUAUAGGGCCGCGUAAAACGGAUGUGGUGUCAAUGUUGGAUACGCUAGACUUUAAGUCCUUGGAGGAGCUUACGAAUAAGGCCGUUCCCAAGCGCAUACAACUGAAGCGAGAUUUGAACUUGGAUAAACCGUUAAAUGAGCACGAGCUAGUGCGCCAUAUACGUGAGAUCGCCAAUCGCAAUGAGAUUUGGCGCUCAUAUAUCGGUAUGGGUUACCACAAUUGUCAUGUGCCGCAUACAAUUGUACGCAACGUCUUUGAAAAUCCCGGCUGGUUUACGCAGUACACACCCUACCAACCGGAAAUCUCGCAAGGCCGCCUGGAAUCGCUAUUGAAUUAUCAAACGCUGGUUGCUGAAAUGACCGGAUUGGAUGUGGCAAACGCCUCGCUACUGGAUGAAGGCACCGCCGCCGCAGAGGCUAUGAGCCUGUGUACGAGACACAACAAGCGCAAGAAGAUUUAUCUCUCGAACAAGUUGCAUCCACAAACUUUGUCUGUGGUGCAGACACGCGCCGAAGCUUUGGAGUUCGUAACGGAAAUUGGUCCAAUUGAGAAUGCUGAUUUGGCGGCGCGGGAAAUAUCUGGCAUUUUGUUACAAUAUCCUGAUACUUUUGGUGAUGUGAGGGACUUUGUGGAUGUUGCUGAGAAAGCGCGCAAAAAUGGUACACUCAUUGUAGUCGCCACAGAUCUGCUCGCGCUGACACUGCUCCGCCCGCCAGCUGAAUUUGGUGCCGAUAUCGCUAUUGGCACAUCGCAACGUUUGGGCGUACCGCUCGGGUAUGGCGGUCCGCAUGCAGGCUUCUUUGCUUGCAAACAAAACUUGGUGCGCCUGAUGCCGGGACGCAUGAUCGGUGUAACGCGCGAUAACGACGGUAACGAUGCCUAUCGUUUGGCUUUACAGACCCGCGAGCAGCACAUACGCCGCGACAAGGCUACCAGCAACAUUUGCACCGCGCAAGCGCUGCUCGCCAACAUGUCUGCCAUGUAUGCUGUAUACCACGGACCCGAAGGUCUUAAGGAGAUCGCAAACCGCAUACACCACUUCACACUGGCACUGCAAACAGGAUUGCAAAUGGCCGGACAUCGAGUAAAUAACAAACAUUUUUUCGAUACUUUGCAUGUAACGCCAUCAGAGAGUUUGCCGAGCGAGGAAAUCAAAUUGCGCGCGGCGGAAAAGCGCAUCAACUUCCGCUACUUCCCGGAUGGCAGCGUGAGCGUGGCACUAGACGAGACGGUGGGUGCGCGUGACGUCAAUGAUCUGCUGUGGGUCUUCCAGUGCAAGUCAUUGGACGAGAUACUAGCAGAGCGCGAUAUACUCUCAAGCUCCAUUGAGCGUUCGAAAUUCCUGCGCACGUCCCCCUUUUUGCAGCAUCCCAUUUUUAGUUCACAUCACAGCGAGUCUCGUAUGGUGCGCUAUAUGAAGCGUUUGGAGAAUAAGGAUAUUUCGCUUGUGCACUCCAUGAUUCCGCUCGGCUCGUGCACCAUGAAGCUAAAUUCCACUACCGAAAUGAUUCCAUGCUCAUUCCGUCACUUCACCGAUAUACAUCCGUUCGCGCCCGUCGAACAAGCAAAGGGCUAUCACCAAAUGUUUAACGAGCUCGAGAAGGAUCUCUGCGAGAUUACGGGCUAUGACAAAAUCUCAUUCCAACCCAACUCCGGCGCACAAGGCGAGUACGCUGGUCUGCGUGCCAUUCGCAGGUAUCAUGAACACCGCAACGAGGGCCACCGCAACGUUUGUUUGAUACCUAUCUCGGCGCAUGGCACCAACCCGGCAUCAGCGCAAAUGGCUGGUAUGAAGGUCGAACCCAUACGUAUUCUCUCGGACGGCAGCAUUGAUAUGACACAUUUGCGCGACAAGGCAGCAGAGCAUGAUAGUGAUUUGUCCUGCCUGAUGAUCACCUACCCAUCCACAAUGGGAGUGUUUGAGGAAACCGUUGCUGAUAUAUGUGAGCUCAUACACAAACACGGCGGUCAGGUUUACUUGGAUGGGGCUAACAUGAAUGCCCAAGUCGGUCUCUGCCGCCCUGGCGAUUAUGGCAGUGAUGUAUCGCAUUUGAAUUUGCAUAAGACUUUCUGCAUACCUCACGGCGGUGGCGGUCCCGGCAUGGGUCCAAUCGGCGUAAAAGCACACCUGGCGCCCUAUUUACCAGGACAUCCAGUUAUCAGUCCGGUGGAAUGCGAACAGGAAAGUUUCGGUGUUGUUUCUGCAGCGCCUUUCGGUUCUUCGGCCAUUCUACCGAUUUCAUGGUCCUAUAUCAAGCUUAUGGGUAGUCGUGGGCUUAAGCGUGCCACACAAGUAGCUAUACUUAAUGCGAACUACAUGUCCAAGCGAUUAGAAAACCACUACAAAACUCUUUACAAAUCAUCAACGAGCGGACUUGUGGCGCACGAGUUCAUUCUCGAUUUGCGUGAUCUGAAGAAAACUGCCAACAUUGAGGCGGUGGACAUUGCUAAGCGUCUAAUGGACUAUGGUUUCCAUGCACCCACUAUGUCUUGGCCGGUGGCUGGCACUUUGAUGAUUGAACCUACUGAGUCAGAGGACAAGGAAGAGUUGGAUCGCUUUUGCGAUGCAAUGAUUUCGAUACGGGAAGAGAUUGUCGAUAUUGAGGAGGGACGUAUGGACAAAGUGGUGAAUCCACUGAAGAUGGCGCCGCAUACGCAAGCGCAAGUCAUCUCAGACAAAUGGGGCAGGCCAUAUACCCGCGAGCUGGCUGCUUUCCCAGCGUUAUUUGUUAAACCAGACUCAAAGAUUUGGCCCACUGUUGGCCGAAUUGACGAUGCCUAUGGAGAUAAACAUUUGGUUUGCACUUGCCCGCCUAUUCUGCCUGACAUUUAGAUACUAGAUUCGCGGUCUACUUUUGAUGUCUUAUAUUUAAGUAUAAAUAAGUUUUUGUAUAUUAAUAAAGUAUAAUAAAUGUUUAGUAUUUA